GUUAAAUAUAGGGUUUUAGGAGGAGAAGAUCACCAUUUCUUCAAUUAGGGCUUCUUUAUUUGAAUCUCUUGAUUUUCCAUAAGAACACAUCCUAGUUCAUGUCUCUGCUUCUAAGACGGCUCUCGAGGCUCCGCCUUGGGAAACCUUUGCUGGUAAGAUCCUCGGUUCUUCUUUCUAAUGGCUUCUCAUCUUCCUCGCUGCAAACUCCUCCUUGUUCCAUCCUCUACGUCACUCCUUGUGGAGCUGAUCUCGGAAAACUCGUGAUUUCGAAUGCUGAUGCACGUCACUGCAUUAAAUUGGAAAAGAAGGUGCCUCUGGAGUUGGUGGAUAGUGAUCCAAUGGUGACGAUAGGGGCAUCACAUGGCUGGGUAGCUACUUUGAAAGACGACGGAAUCGUGCGUCUCCAAGACGAUCUAAACCCAUAUGCAUCGGAUACAGAUCCGAAACGCAUCUCGCUGCCUCCUCUUGUGACUCUGCCUGGUUGCCAAACACAAGUUGUGACCAACGUGGCCAUGUCCUCGUCUUCCCCGGAGGAUGAGGACUGUGUUGUGGCUGUCAAGUUCUUGGGGUCUCAACUCAGCUUUUGCAGACCCGCUCAAGCUAACUCCGAGUGGCUCAACUUCAGGAUCGCUAGCCCCUGCUUCUACUCCUCCCCUGUCAUGUUUUCCAAGAAACAUGACAUGUUUCGCUUUCCCGGAUCUGGAGGCCACCUCAUUGGAUCAUGGGAUCCUCGGGCACACAAGCACAAACCCAAGUUCCAGAGGUUGCGAUUCCAGAACCUUCCCGAGCUGACCAAGACCAAACGGGAGCUUUUGCAAUCGUGUUGCACGAGUGAACACUUGGUGGAGUCACGAUCCACCGAUGAAACGUUCUUGGUUAAGUUAUACCGGAAGGUCACGGCCAGUGGUACCGUGAAAAUGCAAACGAAAGCUCUAAUGGUCUUCAAGCUUGACGAAGAAGGAAACGCGGUCUACACUAAAGACAUCGGAGAUCUCUGCAUUUUCAUCUCACAGGCUGAACCGUUUGCUGUCCCUGGCUUGUGCCCUAACUGGGUACGAGUCUUGGAUAUCGAAGAAAGCAUCUCUUUCUAUCUGCCUGAUUCCUCCAUCUGUGGUGGAAAUUGUUCAAAACGAGCACCUUACCAUAUUCCACCUCAAAAUAUAGUCUAGCUAUUAGUUUGGGAGUUAGAGUCUGAGUCUAGAGUCUGUCUUUUCUCUUAAUUAAACCUUGGAAACAUCAAACUAUUUUUGUCUAUGCGUUCUGAGAUUGAUUGAUAUGCAUUUGGUCUUGAACUU